UCAAACAACCUAUCAGCAGUAGGAUUCAAUUAACCUUAGAGGAGAAGGUGCAGGAGGAGAAUGGCGUCCCCUGUAAAACAAGCAAAAAUACAAGUAAAGGAUGAUGAUACAAUUUUUGGCUACAUUCAUCAUGUAAGCGAUUGCAAAGUGUCUUCGGUGAAGAGAAUCAAACUUUUCAAUGCAGUGUUACAGACGAAUAGAGAAGAUUUUAAAAAUAUGGCAGUGUUCGCGCCUGAAAUGCAUACUGCAUUUAUGCAGGCGGAAAAAAACCGAAGCCCCGUGAAAGUGAAGAAUUUCACUAAACGGAUUAGUGCACAAGGUGAAGGCUUCGAAGUCUAUUGUGGUAAAGACACCCAGGUGUUUGUAGUGGAAAGGCUGCCAUUUUCCUUCAAAGAGCCGCCUGAGAAGGCAGUUGUAAGUAUAAACGAAGUGAAGGCAAUGGCACCUAAACAACAGGUACGUGCUGUUGUGGGCCGUGUGGUUCAUGUAAGUGAUGUCACAGAAACUGUUGAAUGCAGGGGCACAUGUAUGGAGACACAGGCCUGUUACAUUGAGGAUUCUGGUGGAAACAUCAAGCUUCAGCUCUGGGAUAAACUGAUUGGGAGGGUUGUUGUCGGGCAAACCUACAAGUGGUCGAAUCUUAGCACCAGGAUGUUUGGUGGCAAACUGUAUGUGACAACCACACGCCACAGCGAAAUUGAAUUAAUGGAUCCUUUGCCUGGCUUGAAAAAGGAAAUCGACUUCCAUAUUGACGAAGGUGAGGUAAAAAUAAGUGAGGGCAAGAUCACGUCUGUCGAGGUUGUGGUGUCCAGACGCUGUUGCAGAUGUCAAGCAUGGCAAGAGGAGUUUGAGGCGAAGGCCAAAUUUCAUAGAUGUGUACGUUGCAAAAGAUUGCAAAUUUUGCAGAUGUAUGAAUCUACAGUCAGUGCUUCUCUGACACUAUCUGGAAAAGCUGAGGAAGAAUUGAUGGUGCCAAAUACAGUUGUCAAAAGAUAUUUGGAGAAGGAAAACCUUUUUCAUCUUCUAGAUGAGGCACAAGACUUUGAAGAACAUCUAAUGACAGAAACACUGUUUAGAAUUUCCGUCCAGAAUAAUGCUGUCAUUAAGAUGGAAAAAGUACCUGAAAGACGUGUGAUGGAAGACAUGCAGCCAGAUGCAGAACAGAACCAAAUGGAGGAUGUACAGGAGGUUUCUAUGGAGGGUGUUGAUGUUGAAUCUCAACAGGGUGUAAGCAUAGUAGAAGGAAAGGAUCUAGAGGAACAUGUAGUGGAGGGUGAAGUGGAACUAAGUACAGUACCUGCAGUGCUUCCAACAGGCUUGGAUUCAGUACAGUAUGGAGAGGAAGACUGGAAUUUGGAUCUUUUGCAAGAUGAAGAAAGUCAUGUUGCUGUAGUGCAUACUUUAGAAGGAAAGGAUCUAGAGGAACAUGUAGUGGAGGGUGAAGUGGAACUAAGUACAGUACCUGCAGUGCUUCCAACAGGUGUGCAUCCUGAACAGCUGGACAGCUGUCAUGGUGAAAAUUCAGUGGAGGAUCAUGUCAAAAGUCGUGUGAAAAAUCGAGUGAAAAAUCGAGUGAAAAAUCCAGGGAAAAAUUAGUAAAGCCUGGAUCAAGAGAUGUGCAGGAGUUGAGCAUGGCUUAUUUAAGAAGAUUUAAAGUUGUUGUUGUUUUUGUAGUUUUGCCAUUUUAAGUUCUUGUUUUUAUAAAUGUUAAGUUAAAGGGUUAAUAUUAUUGUUAAAUUUAAAUUAUACCUGUUUUUGCAUGUGUGUUUUAUAAGUGUUAAUGGUGCAAUGGAUAUGUGUAGUUUUGGAAGUUUGACAAGUUUAAAUAAAGUAAUUGUUCAAAAAUCAAAA